AGUAAUUAACAUUUUUCUGUGUGUACACAGAAAAGUUCAUUUUAAGUAAAAAUUCUUUAAAAUUCUCAAGUAAAAAUUCUUUACUUAAGAAAUGUAUGAUUCAAACGGAAUAAAAUAAAAAUUAAUCGAUUCGUUGAAAAGAUCAAUCAAGAACAUUAACGAGUGCUUAGAGAGUCACUUCAAGAGACCUCGCGCACUUAUUUGGUGCUACGCAUGCAAAUGUAUGCACGUGCAUGCACAUAGUCUGCAGAAAAUUUGUGCAAUCCGAGCAUUCGUACCGAUUGCAGGUGACGGUAGUAGCGGUGGCACACUGGAUGAGACGGGAUACGUUAUGCAAGUUUGCGCCAUACAAGUGUAUUGCGUCAGAGUGGAUCGUCGUCGGUUCUACGUGUAGACGGAGAAGUCGCGACGUUUAGGCUUUUUACAAUUUGAGGACAUGCAUUUCACGCGCACAUCACCCGGUAUUUAAGCGCGUCAAUCAGGAAGAGUCAACAAACUUUUUUUUUUUUACAAACAUUCAAAGAUUUCGUGGACCAAACUUUCUAAUUUUUUAUCACAUUCGAAACAUGAUAAUAAUAAUAAAUAUGAUAACGAUAGAAUAAUGAUAUUGUGAUUCGAUAGCUUUUGCGUUAAUAGGCUUCUACAAUAAGCUAUUAGUCGGUAUCAUAAGUCACAAGUCAUAAAAAUUGAUCAAUCACAGUCGAAUAUUCUCUUCACAUUUGACUGUGAUUGGUCAAUUUUUAUAGCUCAUGACUUAUGAUACCGACUAAUAGCUUAUUGUAGAAAGCCUUUAAAGCGUAGCUUUUCUGAUCUUUCUACUGGCAGAGGAAAAAUUAAUAAAAUUAAUGAAAUGGUACGGUUACAUAUAUCAUGAUUAAUUAAGUACGAAAUACACGCGUUGUCCAAUCUUUCAUGCAUACAGAAUGUAGUUCCUCAGUCCCUUUUAUAUCGCGCAGUUUGAGAAAAGACGCGGCUGAGCAUAUAUUUUUAACUUCUUUCGCGCGCGACGGUACAACGGAGCAAUAUAUCAAGGACCGCGUCAAAGGCGAGACGAUUUAGAGGCGCUCCAGAUGAUUACGAGUUAACGAUUCGCGCGGCGCAAUGCUGAUGGGACGGGAGUCCGCGAUCGGCGAGAUAUAGAGCGCGAAUCUGCUCGUGAGCAUACGCUUACGUAUACGCCGAUCCGGCUCUCUUCCAUCGAUCCCAUGUAGCAUCUUGUGACACACUUGCGUCGAACGUUGCUGUAAAUCUUGCCGAUUGCACCAAACUAUGAUCUAGAAACGCGGAUGAGCCUCGGGAUAUAUAAGGAGCGGAGCGAACCGGAGUGUUUGUCAUUCCCUCGAGAAAUCCAUCCCACGCUGGAAGGGUAGCAACCAGAGCUGGGGAGAGCGUGUCUCCCUCGGAGGGAUAGUGUAACAGAAAUUCCAUUUUCCUUUUGCUGCUUGGAAAGUAUUAUGGGACUCGCCAAUAUGUUUAAGAUCAGCGGAGCAACGUUCAUCAUGAUGCUGGUCGUGGCUGCUCGUUCGGAACCUCCGAUUAAUUCGUACCUACCUCCAAGAGCGGGCUCCUCCGGUGCGAAUGGCGGUCGAACCGAUCUGACCACUCAGUACGGGGCGCCGGAUUUCAAUAACGGGGGUGGCGCAACAAGUUUCAGCGGUAACGGCGCAGGUGAUGGUCCGUCGAAACUUUACGACGUACCCGUCAGGGGAAACGCCGGUGGAAAUGGUUUAGGUCGAGGAAACGGAUUUGGAGGUGGACAACCCUCCAGCUCUUAUGGCGCUCCCAACGGUGGCUCUAAUGAAAACCGAGGCAAUGGAGGAAGACCGUCGACUAGCUACGGUGUUCCUGGUGCGAAUGGGAACAACGGGGGUGGUUUCGGAAACGGAGGCGACAAAGGAAGACCGUCGACCAGCUACGGCGUUCCCGAUGCGAGUGGGAGCAGCCAGGGUAGUUUCGGAAACGUAGGUAACGGAGGAAGACCGUCGACUAACUACGGCGUUCCUGGUGCGAAUGGGAACGGGGGUGGUUUCGGAAACGCGGCUAACGAAGGAAAACCGUCGACUAGUUAUGGCGUUCCGGGUGCGAAUGGGAACAGCCAGGGUGGUUUUGGAAACGGAGGAAGGCCUUCGACUGGCUACGGCGUUCCUGGUGCGAAUGGAAACAACGGGGGUGGUUUCGGAGGAAGACCGUCGACUAGUUACGGCGCUCCCGGAGCGAACGGAAAUCACAGGGGUGGAAACGGCGGCAACGCAAGUCCCUCGACUAAUUAUGGCGUACCUGGUGGAAAUAACGGAAAUACGAAUGGCAAAGGUCGCUUUAAUGGCGGAAAUAGUGGCGGAGGACCAUCAAACAACUACGGAGUCCCAAAUGAAAAUGCAUUCGGUGGAGGAUUGUCAACCAGUUACGGUCCACCUAGUAGAGGUGGAAAUGGUAAUAGCGGCUAUCCAUCCGGUGGCUCAAACGGAGGAAGUUUCGUAAACAAUGGGGCUAACGGUUAUCCAUCUGGAGGUCCAAAUGGAAAUGCAGGAAAUUUCGGCGACGGAAGGGGAGGAAAAGGAGGAGGAAGUAGUGGUGAGGGUUACAACGACAACGCGCAAGAGGGAAGUACUGAGCCGGCAAAAUACGAGUUUUCGUAUAAAGUGAAGGAUCAACAAACCGGUAGCGAGUAUAGUCACACGGAGACUAGAGACGGUGACCGAGCUCAAGGCGAGUUCAACGUUUUGCUUCCAGACGGUAGGAAGCAGAUUGUUGAGUAUGAGGCUGAUCAGGAUGGAUUUAAACCGCAAAUUAGAUACGAGGGCGAAGCGAAUGCCGGCGGAGGAUACAGCUCCGGCGGGUCGAAUGAUAACAACGAUGGUUAUUCUUCUGGUCGACCGGGUAGCGAAGCGGGUGGCUUCGCGAACAACUCAGGAUUUAAUGGAAGCGGUACUAACGGUGGUCGUUCGAGUGGUGGCCCCGGCGACGGAAACCCUGGCGGAUUUAAUAGCGGAGGUGGCGGUGGUUAUCAGUCGGGAAGACCAGCCGGACAAUCAUUUGGCCGAGAUAACGAUGGUGGUUUAAGCGGCGAUAUCGGCGGGUACUUUGCCAAUUCUCCUAGCAAUAACAUCGGCGGCAGUGACAGCGCGAACGUCGGAAGCAACAGACAAAACGGCGGUAAUGGUGGUUACCAGUAUUAAAGAACACAUAGACCGGUCUAUUAUUUAUAGUCCGUUCUUAAGACCGGUCCCUCUCAAGAAUACAGUCUUAAGACGCUAAUCUGUGAUUGGUUCGUGACAUCUUAAGAUUGUAUUUAAGACAAUCUUAAAUAUAAAACGGACUAUGAAUACCAGCCAUAGUUUAAUAGAUUUAGAGAUUAUCACAGUCUUGCAUAAUCUUGCAAAAGGAUGAAGAAUCGACCGAGGAAAGUUAUUUAUACUUUUUUUUAUAUAUAUUUAACCAAAUGUUAUUAACAGUGAUCGCACGUACAUACAAUGGGAACCUCCUGUAUUACCGUAUUAUUGUAUUAUCCAUUAACAAGAUUUUUCCAUCGUCAACAAAAAGACGUAAAUUUAUAAAAAUAUCAAGAUACACCUUUUGCGCUCUAGUUUCCGUAAAUAUAAAAUUCAUAAAUCAAUAUUAUUAAAUGUCCCACGUUCAUAGCACGACUUAUUUAAACUUGUGUAGCAACUUUUAGCUAGUAAGCAAAAAAAGAAAAAAAAUAAUAAACGAACGUAUAACC